GAGGCGGCUAACGGACAAGAAGCGCUGGAAACCUUCUACAGCCGUUUUAAUCAACCUAGCAGUUUUUUAUAAGUUAAUAACAUAAUAUUUUGUUCGCCCCGGCCUCAAGAUGGAGUCCGCCCCGUUUCCAGAGGAGGUUUCAGAGAGGAAAGUGUGUGUUGUCGGCUCGGAGCUGGUGGAGAACUACACUGUCUAUAUAAUUGAGGUGACUGAUGGAGAGCACAAGUGGACUGUGAAGCACCGCUACAGUGACUUUCACGACCUACACGAGAAGCUGACGGCAGAGAAGAAGGUGGACCGACGGCUUCUUCCUCCAAAGAAGAUGUUGGGGAAGAACUCGAAGAGUCUGGUGGAGCGGCGGCAGAAAGAGCUGGAACUCUACCUGCAGACGCUGCUGCAGCAGUUUCCACAGGCUACGCCCACUCCGCUUGCCUGCUUCCUGCACUUUCACCUCUAUGAGAUCAACGGCAUCACAGCAGCACUGGCUGAGGAGUUGUUCCAUAAAGGUGAGCAGUUGUUGCAGGCUGGCGAGGUGUUUUCUCUCCGUCCUCUGCAGCUUUACUCCGUCUCCCAGCAGCUACGUCUGGCCAAACCAACCUGCUGUAACGGAGACGCCAAAACUGACCUGGGACACAUCCUUGACUUCACCUGCAGGCUGCGAUACCUGAAGAUGUCUGGUACCAGAGGUCCAGUAGGAACCAGUAACAUUCAGGAGAGCAGUCUUCCCUUCGACCUGUCUGUUUUCAAAUCACUGCUUCAGAUAGAGAUCAGUGAGUGCAGCUCGCGGCAGAUUCGAGGUCUGCCGUCUCUGAGGUCGAGUUUGGCAACUCUGAGUAUCCAUUACUCCACAGAAACUAUGAUGUCGAUCCUGGUCCCUGAAGCGAGCGAGUUCUCCCAGUGGGAGGCUGAGGGGGCGGAGUCUGGCUGCCCCGUCACAGCUGUCAUCCCCGUGUGGAGAAACCUGACCACGCUGGACAUGAGCCACAACUGCAUCAGCACCAUCGACAGCUCCGUGAAACUGAUUCCAAAGGUGGAGUUUCUGGAUCUGAGCUACAACCAGCUGUCCACAGUGGAAAACCUCCAGCACCUGUACAACCUGGUCCACGUGGAUCUGUCCUAUAACAGCCUGCGGGUCCUGGAAGCUGCUCACACUCGGCUGGGCAACAUCAAAACCCUGAGCCUGGCUGGCAACCAGCUGGACCAACUAACCGGCCUCACCAAGCUCUACUCUCUGGUCAACCUGGACCUCAGCCACAACCGGCUGGCCCAGUUGGAGGAGAUCAGGAACAUCGGCUCGCUGCCCUGUCUGGAGAAACUCAACCUGUCCAGUAACCCCAUGUGCAUCAUCCCAGACUACAGAACCAAAGUCCUGGCCCAGUUUGGAGACCGCGCUGCAGAGGUUUGUCUGGACGGUAAAGUGACGACAGAAAAGGAGCUGGACACAGUGGAAGUGUUGAAAGCCAUUCAGAAAGCCAAAGAAGUGAAAGACCGGAUGAGCAGCUGCGACAAGAAGAUCAGUGAGGAGACCAGGCUGUCUGCCGCUGCACCUCCUCACCUCUCCUCCUCUCCCCCCUCCUCCUCCUCCUGCUGCUCCUCUGCUGUUGCUCCUCCUGCUGUCACCUCCUCCUCCUCUUCCUCCUCCUCCUCCUCUUCCUGUCCAGCCCAGCAGGCUGCCUGCCCCAGCCAAGAAGUGACGAGCAGAGAAGAAGCCACAGUUCCCCCCAGUGUCCUCCCUCCUGUGGACACUGCACCUCCCCCUGCAAGCUUUAACACCAAUACACACCAUCUGUCUGCUAACCCCACCCAGGUACAACAACCUGCUGUCAGUCUGUCUGAACACACACACUUUGGAGCUCCCACAAGUAUUACUGCUAUUACUGUCUGUUGUGUCUGCUCCUCUUCCUCCUCCAGACCAGUUGAAACCACUUGCCUUUCCUGCAGCGCUCCCUGGUGUCCUCUGUUUCCUUCUCACCUGCUCUCCCUGAACUCCUUCAACAAAGACUUCAUUGCCCAGCUCUCCCAUCGUCUCAGCUCCAUCCUGAAGGAGCAACAGAUGAAGACAAGGGAAGAGGAAGAGAAGGAGGAGGAGACGGAGGAAGAGAAGCCAUCUGAAUCCAGGGAGGUUCAGUCCAGUGUGGAAGUCACCGAGGUGGGAUGUCCCAGCCCAGGCUCCAGAGAUGGAUACUUUGAGAUGGGUCUGGAUGACUCUGUUGAGGAGUCCGUCUGCUCCUCCUCCACAUCACUCGCUGUUCCCCCUGCAGAAGAGUCCAGUGCCCACCAGGGGGAGCUCUAUGAAGAGGAGGAGGAGGAGGAGGAGCAACUCCAGAUCAGCAGGGUUCUGUGGUGCUACUGUCUUCAGGUGAAGGAGGAGGUGGAGCAGAAGGAGGCGUGUCUGGUGCUGACGGACCGGCUGUUUGGCCUGAUGUACCUGUCAGAUGAUUUCACACGGACCAAUCAGGACGCAGACCAGCAGCAGAGUCCUCCUGUGGAGGAGGUGCUGUCCAGCCUGCAGCUGGAUCUCCUGGUGCCAUACUCCCAGCUCCGGCUCUCUUCUGAAACCGAGCUCCCUGACUCCUGCCUUGCAUUUGGCCUCCAAGCUGAACUGACCCGGUGGUACAUCUUCUCCGAGGCCAAGGAGCUCCAGCAAACCAAGGACGAGCUUACAGUGCUGAUGCAGGCAUCAGGGUCUCAUAAUGACCUAGAGCCCCCGAACGCUCCUCAGCUCCUCCCCCGCUCGGUCAUCAACUCCUGGGAGUUGGAGGAGAGUCAGGGAGCCCAGGGAGGCUAUCCUGCCCACCUCCUCCCUCCCUCUUCCUCCUCUAACCUGGACACCCACCCUCUCCUGUCAGACAUCUUAUCCAAGAGUAGGGAGCCCAGCCUUCCUUCUCUCCUCUUUCUCACCCACCGACACCUCUGGGUGCUGAAGAUCGACUUCAGAGAGCUUGCAGAAAGAGAGAGGGGCAGUGCUGACCUUCAUCACUCCUCCUCCUCCUCGUCCUGGUGCAGGCUGGUCCGUGUGCCCCUUGGCUCUGUGGUCCCUUACCCCAGAGAGAGAGCUUCUCCGCUUGUGGACAGAUCAAUAAACACCUCCUGCCCUGACCCAAAGCACCACCGCAGGAGGAGUCACACUGUGGAGCUGCUGCUGGGCGGCCAGAGGCUACUGCUGCUCUUCCCUCUGGCCCAGGACGCGAGCUCCUUCCUGAUGGAGCUGAGCCAGCGGAGAGCCUCUCUGGAGGGGCUGAAGAUGGUGGCCCUGCCCCGGCCUUCCACACCCUGUCCACAUCAAGGGCAACACACACAAGGCUUUUACCGAUCCAGGGACCAGUGCUGUUGUACCAGUACCAGGAAAUCACACAGCACCAGCAGCUGGGACUCAUCCCGCCUCCAGGUGGAGGAGAACCAGCCGUCCCCCCACCUAAUGCCGGGUCUCUCCCCAGGACUGAAGCUCCUGGCUGGGCUUGGAGGACAGCAACUGCUGACCUACUUCCACAAAUAUCUAGCGAUGUCUGAGGCAGAGGAGGUGAGACAGGUCUUGUGGCUGUCUGUGGUUCUCUACAAGUCUCCAGAGUCUGAGCUCACCUGCUGUUUGCUGCUCUCCACUGAUACGAUCUACUUCCUGCUGGAAGACUCCGCCUCUACGCUCGGUCAUCACUCAGUGUUGGACAUAAUGGACUCUGGAGAUCCUGCCGUCUGUCUGUGCUGCUGUCUGUCCAUCAGACUGUCUGAGCUGCUGUCUGUCAAUGUGGGACUGUUUGACCAGUACUUCAGAGUCGUAGGUCGUUCGGCUGAUCACAUCGUCUGCUGUCUCAGCAGGGACAGUUAUGGGACGAGCCUCUUCCUUCAGGAGCUGAUGUCAGCUCUCAGUCUGCAGCAGCAGCUUCCUCCUCCAGAGCCGUCAGAUCAGGACUUCUACUCUCAGUUCACAAACACAAACACAGGCAAGAUGCAGAACUAUGAGCUGGUCCACAGCAGCAGGGUGAAGUUUAUUUAUCCCAGUGAGGAGGAGAUGGGAGACCUGACCUUCAUCGUGGCAGAGAGGAAGACUCCAGCCAGCGCAGCGUCCUCGUCUUCGCGCUCCUUCAACGUCCUGCUGUACCUGCUGGUCUUCCAGGUCCAGAUCCCCAGCAGUUUGCCCAACCAAGGCUCUGCUCUCUCAGGCCACUCCCCCUCUGUUUCUGGCUCUGCCCUGUCUCCUGUACUCCAGCCCAGGACUUUGAUCCUGACCAGCACUGAUGUGUUCCUAUUGGACGAGGACUAUGUCAGCUAUCCUCUGCCCGACUUCGCCAAAGAACCUCCCUCCAGGGAGCGAUACCAGCUUCGUGAGGCUCGGAGAAUCCGGGACCUGGACCGGGUCCUGCUGGGGUACCAGACAUACCCUCAGGCUCUGACCCUGGUCUUUGAUGACCUGCCUGGCCCUGACCUGCUCUGCCACCUCACCAUGGACCACUUCGCCGCCGGUGUGCAGGAAGCCCCGAACAGAGGGGCCGGGGCCAGUGGGGGCGCAGAGGGCGAGGUCCAAUGGUGUGUCUUUGUCCCAGGAGCCGACAGCAGAGAGAGGCUGAUCUCACUUCUCGCUCGCCAGUGGGAGGCGCUGUGCAGCCGGGAGCUUCCUGUUGAGCUGACUGGCUGAUUGGUCAACGAGGAUGACAAACACAUGGGUGCCAAUGGGAGCUGACUGGCAGGAGGAGUCAGUGUAUGACCAGGAUAAUACACACGGAUUCAGGGCUUGAUUGGCUCUUAAAGGGCCUCAAUAUGCUUCAAACAUACUAGUUUGUACCAAGUGUUGUCCAACCAGGACUAAAGGCAAAGCAUUCUUGUGCUGCUCUGAAUGGUCUCAGAGAAGGUCGAGCUGCAGUGAAUCAGCAAUGCACAUUUACAGUCUCUCCUUGCGGGCAUUCAUGGUGUUGCACGCUGUUGUUCACAUGAAAAGUAACAAGUGUUUGUGUGAAGAAAGGAAAAAAGAGACCUAGAGAGAUUUUAAAUACGUCUACUCACAUACCUCGAUGCACCUCGCCACUCAUAUAUCCCAGCAUGGCAUUUUUUCUGAUUUGAGCAGCUGUCUGUGAGGAUUAUUCUCAGUAAGCACACCAGAGAACAAAUACGGGUCUUUCUUGACAUCAUUUUGACAUUGUGUUUUGACAAAAGUCAAGCCAGGUUAAACCUUCUGCCAGAUCACCUAUAUCGUUCUCGCCAAAGCCACCAGACCCAAUUUACAGCAUCAGUAAUUUUAUCACUGUAAAACACACUUCAUGUUUCAUGGAUCUUUAACUUCAACAAACUUCCAAAAUAAAACUCCCAAAAACCAUCUUGGUUCAUCUUUUCACUAGUCUAACAAUCACUUCCAAUUAGGGUUUGGUCAAAAAUAUUAUAUGUGAAAAUAUUCCGGCUUAACUCACUUUUUUUCCCUGUUGUUUCUCUUAUGUCCGCCCUCUCUCUUGCUCUUCUCACAGAAUUUUCUCCUCUAAUGCGGUGAGUUAAGGGUUUAUUACGACCAAACCAGAGUUGAUGGUGAUUGUUGUAACAGUGAAAAUACUAACCAGGAUGGUUUUGGUGAGUUUUAAUUUGCUUCAGUCGGGUUUGAAGGAAGUGUGUUUUACAGUAAUAAAAUGACUGUAUUUGCAAAUGGAGUCUGGUUGCUUUGCCAAGAGUGGUAACGACUGUAUCUGGGUAAACCAAAAGGAUCUUACCCUUGAAGAAAAAGGUGCAUCUCUGUAGGUAUCCUCAAAGGAGCUAGUUCAAAUGAGAUGUUGACUGACCACGACGAAAGUCAAAGUGUUUCUCUGUGUUCUGUAUGUCCACACUGGAAAGUGGGUUGAAAAGCCUGCUGUCACUGCAUGGGCGUGAUUGUUGGUUUCCGAAAGUCAGAAAAAUUACAACUUUUCAUGUUAAAUGAUCCAUCAAACACUUAGUUUGAAGCAUACUGAGGCCUUUAGUCGUACUUUUUUUACAAAAUGGAAGGGAUGCGGUUCUGACCACACACUGUUUGGUGUCCGCCACAGAAAAAUAAACUGAGACUUAGUAGGACUCAGUAGACACCAGACUGCCAUCACAGACUGUAGAAGAGGCCUCUGACCUCACAUGGAGCUGAAGUAGUAGUGAUUUUCUGGCACAACCUCACUUUCUUGCAAAGUAUCUCACACAAAGGAGAUUUACUUAUUUGGUGAAAGACUUAACUGACAGACAGACUGGUGUUGCACAGCAGGGGGCGCUGCAGACAGUCCACAGGAGUUCUAUUUGAUUUUAAUCAACAUCACUGUAACAGCUUGUCAUUUCUGGUAAAUCUUCUUGUUCGCUGUCUCAUCUAGAGUCAGAUUAAAAGAUGCAUCUCAGUUUCAUCUCUGCGUUUCCAGCCCAAAGAUCCAGGAUGUGUUAGCCUAGCUUAGCACAAAGACUGGAAGCAGGGGGAAACUGCUAGCCUAGUUCCAUCAAAAGAGAAAAAGCAUCUACCUUCCAACAACUCCAAAGCUGACUGAUAUACAUGUUGUUAUUAUGUAAAGUUACUCUUAAUACCAAAAAUCACUUUUAUACGUUUCCAUUUUUACAUUGCGCAGUGUGACUCUGGGUGAGGCAACAAGCCGAUUUCCCAAAAUGUUGGACUGUUGUUUUAAGUAGCACACACACACACACACACACACACAUACACACUGCUGCUUGGCACAAUAUGCUCCCUGAACAUUUUAUUCCUUGCACAUUGUAAUUAAUUAAGCAGUAUUACUGAACUGUAUAUUGUUAUUAAUAUUAUAUUAAUAUAAUUAAUUAAUAAUUUUUGCUUUUGGACAGACGGAUGUUUUCCAUCCUGAAGCUGAUUUUGUACUAAACCUGAAGGUUGUGAUGAUGUUUCCAAUAUGAGCUCUGAAAUGUCAUAUUUAGUAUUAUCAUUGAGUAUUAUUUUUUAUAUUUUCUUUGUGUUUUAUUUUAUUGUAUAUUGCAUUUUUCAUGCAUUAUUAUCGACAAAUGGGAAGCCCGCCAGCGUUGGACACCCCCACCCUUCACCACUGUUUACGUUACAUGUUGUUGUCUUGUUAAAGGGGAAUGCCACUGAAUUAAAGUGAAAGUGAAGAAAAAUGAAAACAUUUACAAAUUCCUUUUUGGUUUAGCAACGUUUUUUUUGUUCUUGGAAAAUCAGCAGAAUUUAACCACAGUUUCGCACUUUUGAGCUGAUGCAGCAAUUAAACCAGAAAACCAGUCUGACUGUUGGAUUAGUUGUUGAAAUGGCAACUGAAACGGACUCUAGGAUGGACACAGUAACUGCAAAGGUUCAUUUUAGCCACAUUAAGUCUGGAAAUCUUAGUGUGUUAGCCUUUGUCUUUUGUCUUAGCCAAUGGUGUGAGAUUAUUCCAAAUUAAAAUAAAAAUCAGGUUUCACAAAUCAUCUUUAUAGCAAUGCAGAGAUCAGCAACAAUUCAUUACUAUUGCAGUGACCUGCUUUUUUCUGCAUUGCUUUAUUUAGCUUUGUUUAGUGCAGGGUUGUCUGUCAAAACCGUUGACCUUCGAUCAACUUUUUCUGGACUGCAACUCGCGGUCAUCUAGCAAUGUGCUCUGGUGGCCAAUCAAAAACGUGCAAGCAAACAUUCCUUGUAAAUUUCUUUGUAACAUGGACACCUUGUUUCUACUGUUUACCUUUUGAUCGAUUUUGAUGCUGAAAAACAAAAUAAUUCUCAGCGUAACAACAUCCUGUCUCAUAGUAUUAUAAACCACUGUGCUGUGGUUUGGUAUCUGAUAAGCCAUAAAAGUCAUGGAUCUGCAGGCUUUCAGGCUGAAAACGGCCCUCCAUUAAAACGAACAGUGGCAUUGUGUUGGUGGGAGCAUGUUUGUUUGUUUGUAUAGCAUCUUUCAGCAACCAAGCAGUACGAAAAGACCAUGUAAAAAGACAAGUAAUGCAAAUGUAAGUAGAAUUUAAAAUGAGUAAACUAUAAAAAUAAGCUAAGAAUGA